CACGUGUGUGUGUGUGUGUGUGCCUUAUCUCUCAUCUCAUCUCUAGAUUGCCUUCCAUUCCAUUUUCCCCGCAUAUGGUGAUGUUCACCCAUGCAAAAAGAAAUGUAGUGUAGCUGGUUGCUGGUUGGUUAGUUACUGUACUACCCACUCUUAAAUUCACAAACAGAGACCACUACUUUUGUUUUGUCUAUAUUAUUAGUGUAUAUUUUAAAUUCUCCAACAAGAAAUGGGAUUGAUUUAAAAUAAACAGCUAUUUGCUUCAUACACGGUGACUGGAAUAUCAUGACGUCGUUGCCUGUAAACUGUAAAAGUGUAUAUUUCUUCAAAUUAGAGUUGUAAUAUCCCACAUAAUUUAUAGCAUGUGACAAGUAUCAUUAAACCACAACAACACUCCUAUUAGUCAUACACACAGCAUGGGGUCACCUCGGGCCAAAUGAUGUUAUGUGCAUAGUCGGGAAGUGCUGUGGGUUCUGUUUUUUCUUUUGUUUUCUUUUUCAAAGAGUUUCAGUUAUUUAGUGUUUUUAACGUAAAGCAACUCUUACAUAAGUGAAUAUUGGUUUCGUCAGUUGCUGUGGUCUGCAAAAUCUUGCAAACAUCACUUUGGUUACCAAAAAUAUCAUGUGUCAUGCUGGUAUAGUGGUGUGGCGCCACCUUCUCCCUUCCAAAAGAGAUUUUAAUCACAGCAGACUUCCUGGUUAAAUAAAGCCUAAAUGGAUUAAAAAAAAAAAAAAAAACCCAAAAGAAUGCAUUUUAAAGUUCUAAAAUAGUUAUAUUUUAUUAUUUCUUGAUACAUCAUACACAAAAGCACACACAGGUGAAGUUACAGGCUACAUCCAGCUUCUCUGACUUUCCUGGCAUAUUUACGGCCCUGUUUUAUCCUACAUCAAUAGCACACAGUAUAGGUAUAAGUGAGCAUAGCCAGGUCAGACUUGAUUCAAACAUAUCAAAACACGUGUUUUAGACUUUCAGCAGAGACGGAGUACUGGUCUUUAUAGAGUAGACGGUAUCUGGCCCCAACUGUAGUGACUGAGGCACUAAAAAAUGGGAAACUUGCGUAUCGACAAUGGAGAGGGCCUUGAUUGGCGUAUGUAUGUUUGCGUCAAUGUAUGUGAAUCCUUGAAAGGCCGUUGUAAAAGGGUACAAGGCUGUCAUGGACAGAGAUUUUUCCCCCCCUACUCCUACUGAAAUUAGUUACCAUUGGUAGCCUACACAGGAACGCAGUUUCUCUGGCCAAUAAGCUGAGGACCCUCAUGGGUCCUGCCCCUGGACGAAAAUAACCCAGUAAAUACACUGUGGGCACUAUGAGAACUGGAGCUGGCCUACUGUUUAAAGCUUUGUGUACAAACAAGGGAUUCUUGUCAGCUGGGUGCUGCUGAACCAUGCUGGCCUGUGUCCUCCUCUGUUGUGUUAGGAACAACUAGCAUAGUGGCCUGUUUUUCCUUAUUGAGGCAUACAGGGUGUGGAGAGGUUGGAAGUGUUUGCAUGGAGGGAUGUAAAUAACUGGGUUAGAUACAGUGUUAUUAAUUGCAAUAGUCCUUAACAUAAGAGAUUUUCAGAUGAGUACUGCCUCUUUACAAUAGUUUUAUGGGAACAUCUAUGUGAAUAUCAAUGGGGAAUAUCUUUAAAAACAUGAUACUGUUAGCCAGAUCUGUACACGAUACUGUUGUUUAGUAUGCUAUGCCAUGAAUUUAUUCUAAUAUCAGUUCAGGCGAUGAUGCUUGAACUCAUCACUCAGAGUCUGUUAAAAAUCCUAUCCAUAAGUCUUGAUGCAUGCUCAAGCAUCCAUGUAGGGAAAUCCCAGAAAGUUGAUUCUGUUCAUCUGGAUGUAGCAUUUUCAAUAAGAGGAACGUUUCGUCACUCAUUCACAGGACUUCUUCAGUCAGCUGACUGCAAGAAACUGAUAGCACGGCCCAUUGGUAAUCAGUGAUGCUAGUUUUGGUCAUUAUGCAAAUGUACUGUUUUUAAGAUUGGUGAUACCUGCAGUCAGCUGACUGAAGAAGUCCCUCGGAUGAGUGACAAAACGUUUCUCCCACUAAAAAAGCUACGUCCAAAUAAACAGAAUAAACUUUCUGGCAUAUCCAUAAGUAUUCUGUUUCCUUAUUUUUUUGUCUGUCUGGUUGUUGAUGGAUACAACGUACUUGUGUAUAUGCAUUUUAUUGAACGUGAGAUUUUGAUGUUCUUUACUGUCUUAUAGAGAGCCGCCUUCAGGAGCCAUUCAUCCGUAAUAUCUCAUUAGUGACAGAAAUACAUGGAUAUUUCAUAUAGGUUUAAGUUUGCAAUACUCUGCUGCGCUACUUCACACAACGUAAACCCUCAUUGGAGGCAGUUUUUUGCUGGUCAGAUCUUAUGCCUGUAAAGCUACCACUAGUGUUUCAGAUGUUUAUUUGGAUCACAUUUUAGCUAUGUGUGAUGUAUCCUGUGUGGGUUUUUUUUUUCUAAACAUAAAUUAAAUCAUACCUGAAUAAUGCAGAGAUCACAGCUUUAGAAAUCCAUGGCUGUGUUUCAUUUAUUAGAAAAAGUCAGAAAGCUGUGGAAACAACACAGAAAAAAUGCAGAUCAUCAAUGUUAAUGUUUUCGUGUGCUUUUUUUGUUUGUGUGUUGUGGUUUUAGUGUGUGGGUGUUCAAUUAAAGAAGUAAAUGUGCUGAUUCAUUGCCCCAUAGGUCAUAAAAACACAGUGACCUGGUAGAUAAAAUAAGGAAUUGCAUUCAAAUUGCGCACGCAUAUGUGUAGGUGUUGCUGUAUGCAAAUAUUGUGCACUGAAUUAAGAAGAGAGGCUGGACUGAGGAGGAGCUGCCCAAUGGAGACAGAGAGAGAGAGAGAGAAUGAAGAAACUAAAAGAGUUAGCUAGACACAGGGAUCUCCUUGUUGUUGGCCCAGACGAUUGCAUUCAGGGUAAUUUAGGGGAAGAGGAGGGAAACAGCAGGAGGAGGAGGACGUCUAGGAAGCUGAGCUGGUGGUUAGAAAGGGGGCAGAAGGUGACUAAUAGUGACUGACACUGUACUUUAAGCAGUUCUGUUGAGGAAGGGGUGGCAUCACAAUCAGUGGAGCAGCACAUGUAAGCUCUGGUUGGCUGAGCAAGCAAACGGCUCAUGGUCUCUGUCAGUGUGUUUACUAACACGUGGAGGAGCUCAUUUCACCUGGAUACACUAUGCUGUCUUUGGAGUAGUUGGAGAGUUUCUGGUAAGAACCUGAAGUUUAACUAUACUGAACUAUAUCCAUUGUUGUGUGUGUUUCGUGGUGCCUGGCUGUUGACAGCUGUCACCCUGAGUUCUGUUCGUGCUUACUAUGAAACAUAUCUGAACAUAUUAUGUGCAAAGUAUUUUAGUAAGAGGCAGAGGAACAGAAACACUUACAGCAACAGAAACCACUCUAUUAUGACCCAAUUUUAACGUACUGUCUGUGACUUUAAAAAAGAAAAACUAAAGAAAAACUAAAAAUAUGAUUGAGCAGCUUUGAAGCGUUGUUCUGUAGCAUUGUGAUCGAUUAUGGCAGAGGGCAGUUAAUCUUAGCUGAACUGCAAGCAUAAAAAGAAAAAAUGAUCAGUGGAGGCCAGACUUUCAGAAGGUUUUCUGUGAUGGGUUAUCCUCUAGUUUAUAAGUUAGACUGCACUACACCUGCUCUUAGAGAUGCUGGAUAAAAGUAUUAUAAUUUGCCCUAUAGUGCCCUACUGUCUGUGUUUCACUUACAUAAUCUCUAUAUGGCUUGUGUAUAAUUCAGGUCUCGUGUCUGUUUAACCAGUUUGGUUAGAUGAAAUAGCUUAACUGAUUUUAGAUUAGACAGCGUUUGUUUUAUUGUAGGUUUUUUCUUCCCUUCCUUCUAGGAGUUCAAGUGCUGUAUGAGAGUGGCUGUGAGUGUCAAACAAUUGCAAAGUUUUUGGUGUAAACUGUUCCUUACUCCUAAUUUAAAAAAAAGUCAUGGCUUGAAAAGUUUUCGUUUUUUCCAUGGCUUGCCUGGCAAGGAAGUUGCUUCACCGCCAACAGAACUAGGAGUUGUGAAAACUCAUGGAAGGAAAGGGGAAGUAAUGCGUUGUGGUUUUUAUUGAUGAUGCUGGCUCAUUGUCCUUCCUAUAUCUCUGUGUUGUACAAUAGAUACUGCGGAGAGCCUGCUGUUGUUCUUUCCGUGCUUUUUUUCACAGUACUCUCUGCUCUGUGAUCACUGCAGCUGAGAUUCGCUGUGCUCAGGGUCUCUCUUGAGCGACUAUAAAUAGGCUGUUGAAUGUGACAGGCAUUGUGAUUCAGGCACAGUGUUGAUGAGUUAUGGUGAUUCAUUUAGAUGACCUUCUGAAAGUUAGCCACUGAGUAGAAUCACUCAACCUUAGCACUUCAUCUUGGUGAGGAGAUGGUAAUAAAUUACACAGAUGUUUCUAUCCACGUUACAUUUACAGUCUUAAGAAUACUGACUAUGUUUGAGUGGUUAUUUUGCAUCAUAUAUGCUCUUUGUGUGUGUGUACCAUGUUUAGAUAUCUUUGUGAUGACCAAAAAUUGGAACGCUACUAUACUUGUGGGGACCACCAGUCCCUUAUGGCAACAAAAUGCCCGUCCCCACGAGUUUGAAGACGUUUUUGAGACUCAGAAUGUGGUUUUGGUGUCAGGGUUACUAUUAGGUUUAGGCUAAGGGUUCAGGGAUUCAUUUUUGAUGGUUAGCGUUAGGGUAAGCGGCUAGGGAAAGCAGUAUGUCACUUAGAUUUCCUCACUAAGAUAUUAAAAGUGUGCGUUGUGUAUAUGUGUGUAUAUUAGAUCCCUUUUAACUCUAAACAUGAUAUUGUGCAAUGUUUUGAUAUUUCCCUGGGUGUGCAUCCCUUUUCAUAAAAACCUUUACAUCCUUGACGCUCUUACUUUAAUGAUUAAGGUGUUAAAAUGACUGGAAACCAGGUAUAGGAAAUGCAGUGCCUGAAGAAUGAGCCGAGGGGAAAAAACAACAACUUUCAAAUCAGUUAUUGAGAAUAUCUUCCUGUCGCAUGUGUUUAUACUUAAGCCUCACCAUGGUCUGUUGCUUCACUUGCUUCCGCUAUGGAAAUUCUGCUUUAAGUGUGUGUUGCACACCUGCAGCUCCCCCUUCUUAAAUACUUCACUGCUUCCUCAGCUGCUUUUUCACAACUGCCAAAUUUAUAUGCUUUAUUUAUAGCUGUUCAUUUUAUCUGUCAGUUCUCUGUUCAGUUUUACAUUUUAUAACCAAUCAUUUCUUCUUUUUCUUUUUGAUUGUUGUUGUCUCUUUGUUCUUUCAUCCCUUCAUCCCAUUGGCCAUCGACUUUCUCCAUCAUCCAGACAUGUAGUCAGCAGCAUAAGCAGAGCACACACUACUUUGUGAACUCUUAUUUACUCUCAAACAGCUUCCACUACCUCUCGGGCUGGACUGUGGUGCAUUAACGUCAGCUCGCCCUCCCCUGCCCCCCCGCCCCUCAGCCAUGGCCUCACGCAUUGGCUUGCGGAUGCAGCUGAUGCGAGACCAGCUGCAGCAGGAGGAGCAGCGUGAGCGGCAGCAGCUACAGCAGCAGCAGAAUGCAGCCCUGCAGUACAUGCAGAACCACAUGGCUGGACCACCUGCACCCACCCCAGCCAUUAGCACUCCACAACAUUACCAAAGCAUGCAGGUCCCCAUGGAGGUUCUGAAGGUACAGACUCACCUUGAAAAUCCUACAGACUACCACAUUCGUCAGUCUCGAAGACAGCAAGUGAAAGAAUACCUGUCAACCACCUACGCUACCAAACAGGCGGUCAAUGCAGUAGCGGGGCUAAUACCACCCUCGCCUCCCACAAACAUGGGACCUGCAGGGGGUUCAGCAUCUGCACCCCCACCUCUCCAGUCCCCACACAUGCGCACCGAGCAGCUUAUGUCUGGCAACAGUGCCCCCAACAGCCCGAUGGCCAUGCUCAACAUUGGUUCCAGCCACGAGAAAGAGAUGGAUGAGGUCAUUGAUAACAUCAUCAGUAUGCAGUCCAAUGAUGAGUAUUUUCAAAGUUUCACUGAUGCUGUCCAAAUGUCAAACACACUCCCUCUUUCUAGCAGUCACCUAGAUGUGUAUGCAGGUCCUGGCAUGAAGGGUCCAGCCAUUGCUAUGACCAGCAACUCCUGUCCUGCCAAUCUGACCAUCAAGCGAGAACUCUCAGACGCAGAAGCCCGUGCGCUGGCCAAGGAGAGACAGAAAAAAGACAACCACAAUCUGAUUGAAAGGAGGAGGAGAUUCAACAUUAAUGAUCGCAUUAAAGAGCUGGGCACCAUGAUCCCCAAAACCAAUGACCUUGAUGUGCGCUGGAACAAAGGCACUAUAUUGCGGGCAUCUGUAGAGUACAUCAAACGUAUGCAAAAGGAUGCACAGAGGACAAGAGAAGUAGAGAACAACUUCAAAAGGAUGGAGAUGGCCAACAAGCAGCUGUUGCUGCGCAUCCAGGAGUUGGAGAUGCAGGCUCGUCUGCAUGGCCUGCCCAGCAACUCUCCCUCUGGCCUGAACACGGGUGACAUUAUGGGUUCUUAUAUAAAACAAGAGACCAGCCUAGAGGAGAACCAUUCUCACCCCCAGGCACAAGCACACCACCAGCCCCAGCAUCUACCCCAUAACCAGGCUCAUCCCCAGGCCCAGCAGCACCAGUUCCUCUCCCACACACACUUCCACCCUCAGGGCCAGGCCCAGCCCGAACCCAGGCAGCUGCCACCACUCCCACAGCAUCUCCAGCCUCAGCCUCCCAUUCAGUACCCAGCUGUGGGCAGCUCCCAGCACUUUGACUUUGCCCAGUCGCUGGACUUGUGCGAUGGGAUAUCAGGGUUUUCAGAUGGCAUGUCUGGGCUGGGUGACCUGGGUGGACUUGACGUCCAGGCGAGGAGAGGCGACCUAGGUUUCCUUAUGAUGGACGAGCCUUUGUCCCCUAUGGGUGGAGACCCGCUGCUCUCAGCGAUGUCCCCUGAAGCGUCUGUCGACUCCAGCCGCAGAUCUAGCUUCAGCAUAGAGGAUGGAGACAUAAUGUAGACAAGCAUGCAUUCGCUCAGUCAAACACACGAGGUUUCGCAUAGAUUGUAGUAAACAUAAAUAUCACGUUUGCAAAACACAAAAUGCGUACAUUACAUACACAGAAAUGAAUCAGCCCCCAGACAUGACACCAUUUAUAUCACACAGUUUCAGGAAACACCAGUGACACUCCUUUGUGGUACAUUUAACUUCCCCUCGGUGUCAUUAGAGACAGUACACAUUCAUCACAAACAUUCACGAGCGUAUAAACAGACACGCACACAUACACCUACACACAUAAGUGCAUGUGAGUUUAACUGAGCAGCUUAAAACUUUGCCCAACACACUGAGCAUUUACAAGGUGUGAACCAGCACUGCCAGGUCAGGAGUUAUAUGGCACAAUUGGCCUUGUUUCCAUAAAGGUGGCCCUGAAUCAUAAUUGCACAAGGGACAAAACACCCAGUUAAUUAGACUGCCAUUAUCAGAUACAAGAACAAACCAAGUGCAUCAUCACACACGAAGAGGACAAGUUAUUUGCCCCUAACAUCAGCUCCUUUUAGUAAUCAUAAACGAUUGAAUGAACAAUAGAGAACAAAAUGGAAAUGGCUUUAUGGCCCUGCAUGCAUAAUUUAUCUUGAGGGGAUGCAGUGCAGUCACAUUGUUCCCUUCCUCAGGCUGUUAGUUGGCCUCAGGUUUUAGCCGUUUGGUGUUGGACAAAACUUUGUGUUAGCCUGCUCAAGUGUCUAUAUGUAUCCAUAUCUUGGGGAAUAUUGCCAAAAAAAACCCUGAAGUUUGCUGCAAAAGGUGGAUAAUUCAGCUUUUAGCAAAGGCCUUUAUAUUUACUUGUUGAGCUGAAAUUGUCGUCUUCUGAAAGAAAUGCAUGCACAGGCAGUCACGUAGCAUUGCCCACCUUUAUUUUUUAGCACCUCCAGCACUGUUGCAAUCUUUACUCAACACUGUAAAGUCUGUUGACUUUGGAGUGGGGGUAGAGAAAAUGCACUGGAUGGCCAUCAAAAAUCUGAGGGCCAUCCAUUUCUGUGAGGUGUCAAAACACUCAGGUACUGUAACAGAAUACACAAGCAGGCUUUUAAAUAGAAGUGGAUGUUAACCUGAAAUAUGUCAGGGCUGUAACCCCUGUCUGUUUGUGCCUUUUUACUUUUGCUGCUCCUCUUCAAAGGCACGUGUUUAUGGGUCGGAGGUCUUCAGCUUUGACUCUGUAUCACAUUCAUCUAUACCUGUAAAUGCUUUAGAAGUUGCUUCUGCAUCAGUGUGACCUUGUAAGCACAGGAGAUACAGUGAUUUCCUCCCACUAAGUGACCUUUUAAGGUUUAUAUAUAGGGCGAGGUGAAAGAAAGAAUUGACAUGUUUAAAUAGUUUAAUAGUUUCAGACACAGGAUAUGCAAAAUUGCUGGCUUCGUCUGUCUGUUGGUGUCGCCAUUCCGGUCAUUCAGGCAUUGGUAAUUUAUUCAUGUUCCACGCUGUUUCAUCCAAGCGUCACCCAAAGCAAACCUGUGUAUUCAUUCAGACAUGAAGCCAAAAUGUUAAGGACCUGUCAAAUUAAUGGAACAGAGUGCAUGUCUGAAGGAACUAGAAGUGUUAGUUCUGUCUGUCAGCAGCCGUAGGCUUGUCUUUAUGACAUUAGAACACACUUGCAUGUAUUUGUGGUCACACUCACUUCACAGACAUGCACACUUUCACCACAAACGAUCACUUAGGUAUUACAGUACUCACAGGCAGGUGUGUCCAUUUUUUUUGUUUCAUUUUGUUUUUUUGGACACUGAUGUGAUUUUUAUUAUUUUUAGCUGUGUACCAAAACAUAUUCAAGUUACAGUUACAAGGGGUUAAGGUGCAGAUUGUCAACUUUAUUUUGAGGGGUUGAACAAAAAUAUUGCAUUUACCUUCAAGAAAUUACUGCCUUUUUUUAUACACUGACCCCUAUUUUCAGGGAGGCAAAUUGAUGUAACUGUAAAUUCAGUUCUUUAAUAUCUUGUUGAGGUUCCUUUGCAGGCAAUGACUGCCUUAAGUCUUGAACUCAUGGACUAAAGCAGGGAUUCUUCCUGUAUUUUCUUUCAAAACUGUUCAUCAUCUGCUUUUUUUUGCCAAACUUCUCCGGUACAUUCUUCUCUUCUUUUUUUUUUUUUAUCAGAAUGUACCGAGCUUCCACUGCCUCUCUCAAGGUUUGUUUUGUUUUUGUACCCUAAGGCCGAUCCGUUUGACUUUUUGAGCAACAAAUUCCAAAUGCAAAUGCCACAGUUGAAAUCAUCUCCAAGACUUUUUAUCUGCUUAUACAGUGAAGAAAUGACUGUGUGAAAUGGCUGUAAUUCCUCACCGGCUGAUGCAAUAUUUCUGUUUAGAGUCUGCACUGUAAUAGCGUCUUUUCUUCGAAUCAUUUGUUGUGACUCGCAGAGGCAAGAUUGUGAAAAAUGUGCCACUGUCCACAUAUGCCUGGAGGUAACUGUAAAUGAACACAAAGUGGAGUGAGGCUGUUUUUCAGAAGAGCCCACUGCUUCACUCUCUUGCCUCGAGAUUCACAUGAAGCUGCCAGCUGCAGAGGUAAAGCUCAGGUCUGCUGUUCAAACUGUCACCCAAUGGUGAUUCAUUGCUCCAGCUGUUAAAGUGACGACUGGAGCAGGUUGUGCUCAACCUGUGUCGUAUCUCUGCUGUGGUAGACCUGGAGCUUACCUUUGAUUGAUAUAGUUUAUGAUCAGAACAGAAAUCUAUUUAGUGAACAUACUUUCAAGGGGAUUUGUUUUUGAUUAAAAGAAGUGUCUGUUUUCUUUAUUAUUUAGUUUGUUUAUUGUAUUUCCCAAAGCACUGAAAGAAAUGACAUUAUUGUUUUUACUUUGUACAUGGAAGAAAUAUGGAAUAAGAUUUACUUCAGAUGUUUUAUGCCAUUUAAAUGUAUUUUAUUUGUAUUUGAUAUUUUAGUUCUAUUUCAAUUUUAUUCCGAAACAACCCUUUCUUCUCAGAGCCAUAUUCAGGAGGUGUACUGUACAGGCAUUUAAACAAUGUUUUAACUGGAGUUGGGGAACCAUUUAUAAACUUCAAGAUUUCAGCUGAUUUUAAAAGAGAUUGUGUAUAUUUUUGAUGUAUGAUUGGGAUUUUAUUUAUCUCUCUUUUCACUUUGAAAUUUGGAUCCAGACAUAGAUGAAGAGUGAUUUUUUUUUUUUUAAUUUUUUUUUUUUUUAUCAUUGGACUGAAAUUAAGUUGCUCAUUUGAUGAAUGUAAAGGCUUACCAGUAGUUCUUGUCAGACUGAAGAACAUUGUUUUUAUAGUUUUUUGCCCUACCUGCCUCCUGAUUUUCUGUCUUUGGUUUCCAUGGAGACUGGAAGCUGAUUGACUUCAGUUAAACUAGGCCAGGGAUUUGUGACUCUCCUGACGUUGUACCACUUUUUGUCAUCAUCCGGGGACGAGCCUUUUCCCGUCAGCUACAGUUUGACUGUUGUUGUUCAGUCAUCCAACUAGAGCUUCUCAGGCUCCCUUUAUUUUUCCACUAGAGGGCGCUCUGCAGAACAAAGGGGGAAGGUGGUUGUGAAUUUAAUGACGUUAUAAAAAAUAUUUUAGAACCCAUACACUGGCUGAAAGUUUUAUUUUCCUUUUGUUUUUUCUGACAUGAGAAAUGUGUGUGAGUGUUACUCACAAAAAAAUAUUUCUACGCAGCCCUUAUUUUAGAUAAAAAUUAAAAUACCCCUUCAUUCCAAAACAGACACCACAGGUUUUGCCUUCACUGUGACGAAUGAAAGUGUCUCUAAAUUUGAUGCUUGCGUGUGCCAUUAGAAAUAUUCUAUGUGCAACUUUUGAGUAAGGUGGAAACUUGAAGCAUGCAAUGCAAAUCCACUGAUAAUGGACUUCAGCCUUUAGCAAAGUCAGUAGCAUAUAGUAUUUAGCAGUUAUUUUGAAAUGAAUAUAUGGCGUAUUCACACAUUGUGGAUUUGUCAGUGGGCAAGAGGAGAGAUUUUGUUUGUAUACUCUGUCACUGGGUUAUUUAUUAAAAAAUAAUCAUUCAAAGCAGUAUUUUUAUAUCAUCUUACAAAAAAUAUUUUAAAUUGACAUGGUAAAUGGGGGAAGAAAUAUGUGUACACUUUGUAUCCCUGCUGAAUUUUGGCCAAAAAACAAAGACACAGCUGACUGAGAAAAAAUGGAUAUUUGUUGGUACAGUGUCAUUGAAGCAUGGUUAUGUAACCUACUGACCAAUACCAAUGUAAGACAAUGACUACAAGUGAAUUAUAGUUUUAUGUGCAUAAA